AUGAAUUCUCAACAAUACGUUCGCAAGCCUUUCGUUCCUUCUGCAAGCGUUCAGACCCGGCUGUGCGCCUCCACAUCCCCGACCCUGUGCCGAAAAAUGUCUGACCUUCCACUUGUCCACGGACAUUCCCUCGGCAACAGAUCUGAUACCACGCAAUGGCAGAACCCGCUUUAA